AUGGAGAAAGUUGUUGAUCACCCUGAUUCAAAUGUUAAAGAUCUGACACUUCCUCAAGGCGUACCUAGGAGUAAUAGUGUGGAUCGCGCCUUAACUGUAGCUCAAUUAAGUCAUUUUGAUUGUGGAGGAAUAGCACUCAGUGUGUGCCUAUCACACAAAAUAGGAGACGGAAGCAGUGCCCAUUGUUUCUUGAGGGAUUGGGCUGCGUUAACUCGAAGUUCAAAUACAAUUAGACCAUCUCCUUAUUUCGUUGAGGACUCUAUUUUAUCAUCGCCAAUUGGUCCAUUGGUUUCCCCCAUUAUGGGAUCAGACAUGGACAAAUGUGUCCAAAAGAGGUUUAUUUUUUCUAGCAAAAAGCUAAGUGCACUAAAAUCCUCAAUUGGCAUGCAAAAUGUAACGAGCAGCGAGGCUGUGAGUGCACUUCUCUACAAAUGUGCUGCAUUUUCUGCCAUCACGAAUAAUUCAGGUUCGUUCAAGCAAUCACAUUUGAUCCAGUUGUCAGAUUUACGAGAAAUGAUUUCACCCCAGCUACCACCAAACCCUAUAGGAAAUAUCUUUAGCAUAUUCUCCUCACCGAUAUACCACAAGAAGGAAGAACUCAAGUUAUCAAAAUUAGUAGCUGAUAUAAAGAAGUCUAAAAACAACCUCUCCACAAGGAAGAAUGUUGAAGAAAAUGAGUUGGCUAUAGAGAUGCUAGAUGCAAAUAGAACAGGGGAGUCGAUAUUCCAUAAAAGGAAAUGUGAUGUGUACUCUUCAAGUAGCUUAUGUAAGUUCCCAUUAAUACAAGAUUUAGAUUUUGGAUUUGGGAAGCCAAUUAGAGCAAGCAUGGCAAAGGGUCCCUUUAACAAGGCUAUGUUCUUGAUGAGGACAAAUGAUGGAGGAAUUGAAGCAUUAGUUAACUUGAAUGAAGAAGAAAUGUCUGUGUUCGAGCAUGAUGAGCACCUUCUUCAAUUUGCUGCUCCUGUUAACUAUGAACAACAAUAA